AUGUUUAGCAGCACCGCGCCUCGAGAAAUUUUUAAUUUGCUGAGACAACAAGACUCGUCAAUUAGUACAGGAAUUAAGAAUAUAUACAAUGUGAAGGCACAGUAUAAGAAAGAGCAACUGGGGGGUCUAUCUCCUAUUGGGUACAUCUUGAAUGAAUUAAACGAGAAACAUUACAUUUACAACUAUCUUACAAAUGAACACACCAACGAAAUCAUAGAUAUUCUUUGGGUUCAUCCUACAAGCCUAGAGCUAUCUGUCAAUUUUCCGUCCGCGUUGAUUAUUGAUGCGACAUAUAAGAGUAAUGAGUAUCGAAUUCCACUCUUGGAAGUUGUGGGUAUCACAUCCACAAUAAAAACUUACUCUCUUAUGUUUGCAUAUUUGAAUAAUGAGACAAAAGAGCGACUGAUAUGGGCAUUGGAUACUUUAAAGAGAUGGAUGGUUGGAAAAGGGGCAGCGUUGCCAUCGGUGGUUGUUUCAGAUAGGUAUCUGGCACUUCUUAGCGCCAUUGAAAUAUGUUUCCCCUUGGCACAUCACAUCCUUUGUAUUUGGCACAUAAACCAGUGUGUAAUGAAGAAGUGCAGCCCUAUGCUUGGUACGAGGUGGGACGAGUUUUUCGAGGCAUGGCAGUUGCUUAUUCAUUCAUCGACACCAAUGUCUUUGCAACAGAGGUGGAAUGCCAUGUGUGGAAACUUUGAGCAAUACUCUAAUGCCAUACAAUACCUUUGGGAUAUAUGGUUCGGUCCUUACAAAGAGCGAUUUGUUGCAGCAUAUAUAAACCAGUUUAUGCACCUCGGGAGCAAUUCAAGCCAAAGGGCGGAGUUUGCGCAUGCGAGGCUCAAACGAUACUUGGGAGAUACCAUGUCCUCUCUUCAAACAUCUUUUCAGAAAAUAGAAAAGAUGUUGACCGGUCAGUUCGGGGAUAUUCAGGAGUUGUCCAGAAAUCUCUCAACAUUUCACGACACAUACAUCUACAUGAAAACAUUUAUAGUGAAAUCAGAGACCAAUUCCGCUAAGCUCUAUCCACCCUCAUUGGAGUACGUUGUCCAUGCACGCCCAGAGGCGUACUGA